AUGGAAAAGGGAAACAUCACACCAGUGACUGAAUUUUUUUUGAUUGGGCUUUCUCAUUAUCCAGGCCUCCAGCUAGCCCUUUAUGUUCUCUGCCUGGUGAUGUACCUGGUGAUCCUAUUGGGAAAUAGUAUCCUCAUUAUCAUCAGCAUCCUGGAUUCCCGCCUUCACACUCCUAUGUAUUUUUUUCUUGGGAACCUCUCUUUUCUGGACAUCUGCUACACAUCUUCCUCUAUUCCUCAUAUGCUAAUAAAUUUUAUGUCUGAGAGAAAAUCCAUUUCUUUCAUUGGAUGUACAUUACAGAUGGUUAUUUCUAUUGGACUGGGGUGCACAGAAUGCAUUCUCCUGGCAGUGAUGGCCUAUGACAGGUAUGUAGCCAUCUGCAAUCCCCUAAGGUACACCAUCAUCAUGAACAAGGGACUCUGUGUGCAAAUGGCUGCUUUGACCUGGAUUUUGGGGUUUCUGUACUCUUUGACACAAACUAUGCUUACUAUGAGGAUGCCUUUCUGUGGGAACAUAAUUGAUCAACUUAUUUGUGAAAUCCUGGCCCUCCUUAAGCUUAUCUGUGCAGACAUCUCCCUCAGUGAAUCUAUCCUUAUGGUGGGAAGUAUUGUUUUCCUAGUCAUGCCUCUGGUACUUAUUUUAUUCUCCUAUAUCUUCAUCCUCUCCACCAUCCUGAGGAUCAACUCUAGUGAAGGGAGGAAGAAAGCCUUUUCCACCUGCUCAGCCCACCUGACUGUGGUGAUCUUGUUCUAUGGCACAGCCGUUUUUGUGUAUAUGAAGCCCAAGUCCAAGGACACAAAGACAUCAGAUGAGCUUCUUGGUCUGUCGUAUGCAAUCAUCACCCCAAUGCUGAAUCCCAUUAUCUACAGUCUAAGGAACAAAGAAGUGAAAGGGGCUUUUGAAAAAGUCCUCAUCAGAAACUUGUACUUAAAAAGAAUAUGA